AUGGCACGGAGAGGCAGCACAGGUGGCAGUUGUUGCCUCCUGCAGCAUCUGAACGAGGAUAAUGCUCGUUUCAUCUUGUUGGCGGCCCUCAUUGUGCUGUACCUUCUGUGUGGGGCUGCUGUCUUCUCAGCCCUAGAGCAUCCCUCUGAGCUACGUGCACGUCACCUCUGGGAAGAACAGCUUAGCAACUUUACACGUCGCCACCAGGUGAGCCUGGACAUGCUACGUGUCCUUCUUCAGCAAUAUGAACAAGCCAACGUUGCUGGCAUUCGUGUAGACACCCUCAGGCCCCGGUGGGACUUCUCUGGAGCAUUCUAUUUUGUUGGUACUGUUGUCUCUACCAUAGGUUUUGGCAUGACCACACCUGCUACACAUGCUGGCAAGAUCUUCUUAAUCUUUUAUGGACUUAUCGGCUGUGCAGCAACCAUUUUGUUCUUCAACCUGUUCCUGGAGCGCAUCAUCACCACGCUUGCCUACAUCAUGCGCUGGUGCCACGAACGGCAACUACGGCGGUCUGGCAUUGGCAGAGAUGAGGCAUGUUGUGAGGAAGAUGACAGUCUGGAAGAUUGGAAGCCUUCUGUCUACUAUGUGAUGCUGAUCUUGGGUGUGGCUGCUUUGCUGAUUGCCUGUUGUGCCUCUGCUUUGUACUCAGCCAUGGAAGACUGGGACUACUUUGAUUCUCUCUACUUCUGCUUUGUGGCCUUCAGUACUAUUGGUUUUGGGGACCUUGUGAGCAGUCAGCGGGAGAGUUACCAGGCUCAAGAGGUCUACAGACUGGGCAACUGCCUCUUCAUCCUCAUGGGUGUCUGCUGUAUCUACUCGCUCUUCAAUGUCAUCUCCAUUGUCAUCAAGCAAAUACUCAACUGGAUCCUUGCUAAGCUGGACUGCUGCAGGGUCCUUGGACACUGUCCUUGCCAGGGCCGAGGCCCCAGAAGACACUGUCUUGCUGGCUGCUGCUGCCCAUGCUUCCUCAAUCGGCUUCAUGCCCUGCACACUCUACCAAGUCACCCCAGACAGAGGAUCACCAAACGUAAUGUUGUGCACCCUGCUGCAGUCAGUGAGGGUGCAGAGAAGCAUCACUACACCAAUGCAUCAGUGGAGACAGUGUGUGACAGUGAGACUGACAGAGGCCUGGGAACAGAGGGUGGUUAUGUGGCAGGGCGCAGGCAAUCAGGGGAGAUGAUUUCAGUGAAUGACUUCAUGGCCAAUAAGGUUUCCCUGGCCUUUCUGCAGAAACAGCUCUCUGAGACGGCCCAUGGUGCCCCACGGCAGAGCCAUGGCAGGCAGAACGGUUUCUCCAGUGGUGUUGGAGCAUUCGCCAUCAUGAAUAAUCGCUUGCAGGAAACCAGUGUGGACAGGUAG